AUGGUUGGGAUGCACGAAACGAAAUUGUCCAAGGGCAAAGCAAGGGAGGAUAUCCACUGGCAGUUGGGUUGGUGGGACCUUUGUCGCUCAUCAGAAAGACCACGAAGCCCUCUUGUAUGGUCAAAGUCUUCGCUGAUCUUCACCGCCCAUCCUUCUCAGCCUUUGGUCCUUGCGAGUCAUUUCCCAUCAUCUAAACAGUUCAUCGUGCCCUCUCCGUCGCCUGUAGCAUCUUCACCCGCGUCCUACGAGCCCCCCACUAUUAUCUCGGUCUCGCCUACCGACGAUUGGUUGUUUGCCUACUUCCCUGGCCGGGGCGGUGAUGGAGCGGGAUGUCUUUGGAAAAGGGGUCCUCAGCUAGACAGCUGGGUGGUCCGAGAGUGGUGGAGCUUUGCAGUGGGCGCCGGGGUCGUCGCCGCCGAUUGGACAAGUGGCCAUCGAGAGUGGGUGGUGACGGAUUCAGGGUCUUCCGUUCGGCUACCUCCACGCGGGCCAGUCACUUCAGUGUCCAACCCGACCUUGCUGCUGAUCACCCAAAGUCAUCAAAUCAAUAUUUGCUGCCUACCUCCCUCAGUACCAUCCAUGAAAAUUCUGAGGGGUUCUCUAUUGCAGUACAGUGCUUUCACGGAGUCUCAAUCUUCCGUGGCAGAAACUUCUUAUACUGGGCCAGGGCCAGGGGGCGUGAGCCUAUGUACGGAUUCUGCUAUUGGCUUGAGCUAUGACAAGCCUUUUAUCAUAGUUGCUAUGCGCUCUCGUCUGCUCCCGUCAUACAGUCCCACUCAAGCGCCAUACAGCUCUAUGGAUAUUGACCUCUCACUGGAUAUCACUGAUAGUGGCAUACUAUUAGAGGCAAUUCUUCCUCCUGAAGGGGAGCUAUGGGGAGAGGAGUCCGUGAUCCGCCUGUGCAAAGUUUCGCUGGAUUUAAGGGCGAUGGGUCUGACUGUGAUGAUAGAACCGCUCCCACCCAUCACUGGUGCUGGCUCGCAUCUUACAGAUCUCGCUUUUCUGAGCGUGCCAUCCACACAACCUGAUAUCGUCCCCGUGGAAGUAACCCCAGGUGCACGUCAGGAUCUGUACCUUACGGCAAGUUUUAUCGACCCGGGAGACUAUAGUUCGAUGCCAAAGACGGAGCUUGUCUUGUACACCUUCACUGCGACAGAUCAACCUACCGGCAGCGGUGGCUCGAGUCAAGCGGCACACGCCGAAGCGAAACGCGUAUUUGAUGAUGGAUUCCUCAGUUUCAUUCUACCUUGCACCCCAAGGGGUACACUGUUGGCAGGCUUCAUGGAUCCUGUAGGUGCAAUAUCGCACAAGAGGUCCCAGGCGAAGGAGGUUUGCGUGGGGAGGAUCACGGCUUUGAAGUUGCCUGAUCUUUCCGACUUAGCAAAUCGUCCAAUGAUGUCAGCUAUAGCGGAUGUCGGCCGCGAUGUACCUGUCAACGCUGCUAUUUCACCCAAUUCGGUGCUCUUAUGCACCCUUCCCUCAUCCUCGUUCCUAGGCACUCCGGUGUCUAUUCACUCUUUACCACCGUAUCUUCCUCCGACAGCCUCUCAGAGCAAGACUGCUCCAAGCAUUCUUGGGUUGACAUCCGAUCUAGAACUUCCAAGUUGCAUUGUUGCAUCGAUCCGCUCGAGAAAGUCACCGUCCGAUAUUAUUCACAGCCUGUCGACAUCAUUGGCUUCUGUCGAUAUGUUGUCGAGUACGUUGCAUGGUGCCGCAUCGAUUCUUGACUCCGAUUCGUUUGGAUUGUCUGAGAUGUGGCUGAAGGACACGUUUGGCAUUGCUACUGAAGUCUAUCUUACGAAGUCGCGUCGCACCAACGUAGAUGCAGAGAAGAUAGACCUGAUUGCUCGCUGGAAGGCUGCGCACGACGCAUGCUCAUUGACAGCUUGUUGCAGUGCGUUCGAAGAAUGUCAGGAGCUUGUAGGUUAUGACCUUGAUGCUGUGUGGCAUCUGGUUGGCCUCUCCAGCUGGCUCAUCGAAUUCACGGAGAGCUUACUGAAGGAGUGUGUACUGGCUGGCGAUGACUUGUUGUCGUCCGGCGCAGUGAAAGAUGAGCCAGGGAAUGGAACUUCAUAUUCGAAGUCAACAUUUGGUCCGCCAAUGUUUCUACAUCUCGUUCACCCGUACUGCCUCAACAAGUUGCAUGCCGCUCUCGCUCAUGUAAAGCGAUUUCGGGACCAUGUAGCAAGUCUGCCCGCCGGCGGGGAAAAUGCACAGAUUGCAAAAGAAGUCCUCAUGGAUGUUGUGGACGAUGCUGGGCUUGAUUUGGCAGCGUUUGUUCGAGUACUCUCCGAGGUCAUCCAGGAAGCUAACCAUAUGGACGCCGACGCCCUUCGGAGAAGCCUGGCAGAUUGCCGUCCCGCAUCGUCGCUGAUUCCUCACCUACGCAAGAUUGUGCGAAGGAUCCUGGACUCCAAUGUAAUUGACCGGCCUCGUCUUUUCCUGAAGCCCACAGACCUCGUGGAUGGGGUCGCGCGUGCCUCCGUUUCUGAGCGGCAAUACAAGGGUAAGGACAGAGAUGUGGUCACGAAGGGCGUGCUGCCCCACAAUCGAGUUGGCGCAACGCCUCUGUGCCGUGGAGAGUUUGGGAACAAGGUUGGACUGUCUGCAUAUGUGAGCACUAAGGCGUGGGAAAUCGGAGUAGAACUGCAUAGCAGCUCAAGCCACCGAGAGCUUGCGCUCGUGCACGAACGUUCCAUGCACGCCCCGCCUCAACAUCCGCCAAUGGCCCCCUCAACUACUGUACCGACAGUCUCGGACAUCGAAGUCCCAGAGACUCUCCUCAAGAAACGCAAGCAAAACGAAAAAGCUCGUGAGGAGCGCUUGGUGGCCGCAACUGCAGCGCGUAAGGCUGCCAAGGCGAAGCGUAAGGUCAUCUUCAAGCGCGCUGAGGCCUAUGUGAAGGAGUAUCUUACUCAGGAGAAGGAGGAGAUCCGCUUCAAGCGGGCUGCGCGCGCCGUGGGUGACUUCUACGUACCUGCACAGGCGAAGGUAUACUUCGUCAUCCGUAUCCGGGGUAUCAACGAAAUUGCGCCAAAGCCUCGCAAAAUCAUGCAGCUCCUCCGUCUCCUCCAGAUUAACAACGGUGUGUUUGUCAAAGUCACGAAGGCGACCGAACAGAUGCUCCGUCUGAUUGAGCCGUACGUUGCAUAUGGGGAGCCAAAUUUGAAGUCCGUGCGUGAGCUGAUCUACAAGCGCGGAUACGGCAAGGUCAAUAAGCAGCGCAUUCCCCUCGCCAACAACGGUGUCAUCGAGGAGUCGCUCGGCAAAUAUGACAUCCUGUCAGUAGAAGAUCUCGUCCAUGAGAUCUUCACUGCUGGCCCAAACUUUAAGCAGGCGUCGAACUUCCUGUGGCCCUUCAAGCUCUCUAACCCCACCGGUGGUUGGAGGACACGCAAGUUCAAGCAUUACGUCCAGGGUGGUGACUUUGGUAACCGGGAGGAGAACAUCAACAAGCUCAUCCGACAGAUGAACUAA